AAUCUCUCGUCCCGCCACCUUGACCUGCAGGCUCGCAAAGAUCGGUGAGGGCCCGGAAGCCGAGGAGGUUGCUCUUUGGCCUGCGGUGUUCGAGAGUGCGGGGGGCGAUCCUCUGGGGGAAGGGAGCACAUGGAUGCACGUUCAGCUCGAAGGCGAGUGCGGCUGGGAGAAGCAGCAUAACCUCAGGACGAGCGGAAAGCUCGAAGAGCUUCCGGUCGACGAGAGACUCGAGCUGUGGUGCACGGAGCGGCAGCGUGUUCCAGCCCAACCGCUGCCGCCCGGGUUUCGCUUGCUGGAACCGAGGGAGGUGAUGGAGGUGGUGUACCACGACGAGUGCGCCUACAAGCAGAACGACAGGGGCGGGGCAGCGUGGGAGAACGAUGAAAAGGGCGCAGCGAUGAGCCCGAAAAACGAGGGCGCCGCUGUCAUGGUGUCGGACUUGAUCGGCGAGGAACGCGGGCAGCUGGACAUCCCCGCUGAGGUGUACGCGAUCAUGCAGGAACACGGGACAAUGCCGAAGAUGGAGAUUACGGAUGAAGGAGCUACGCUCUCCCGCAGCGACACCUACGUCGGGCGUUGCAAGCCGUGCGAAGAGUACCCCGACGGCAUGAAGACGAAGAAGGUGUCUGAUGCUGUUCACUCGCUCGAGCGCGUUCUUUCGGAGCUGAACAUCGACUGCAAGGAAUCUGGGCCCGAGUACAACCUUGCGCGCUCGGCCAGGAUCAUCCUCCGGGUCGGCAAGAACCUCGACGGAUACUGGGAUAGCAACCGCUUGUGCGUGCAGCUUGAGGCCAUAUUCGCGGCGUUCGAGAUCUCGAGGGAACCAGGCCGACAGAUGCUCGCAGUCUUUGACAACUCCACCGGGCACAACGCAUACAGCCCCGACGCCUUGAGGGCGCAGAACAUCCGAGCCUCACCAGGGGGCGAGCAGAUCCCCCCCCGCAACUUCGAGUACAACGGCAGAACGAUCUACACGACGUUUCGGGAGGGCGACGUGCUGUGCUUCAGAUCCAGCCCCUUCGCUCGAAAGACGGAGGCGGAGGCCGUGGCCAAGAAACGACACGGGAAAAGGUUGGGAGUGUUCCCGAUAGGAACGGUUGUCAAACGGGGGACCAGCUCGGAGAAGCUGAUUGGUGUCGCCAAGGGGAUGAAGGAGAUUCUGGAGGACAUGGGGCUGUACAAGCUAGCCAGCGAAACGAAAGCGCCACCGCUGCUGUGCCAAAGGUGCAAAGACGAGGCUAAGGCCAAGCGGGACAAGUCAACGAUGUACAACAAGGGGGGGGAGAGCCGGCAGCAGGCGCUCGAAGGCGAAGGAGACUCCGAUGAUUCGGACGAAGACAGCGAGGAAGGUGGUGCUCGCGAUGCAGCCAGAACAUCGAGAAGAUGCUGCUGCCAGCGAAUCAUCAGCGAGGUCAAGGCCUUCAAGGAGCAGAUGAAUCGGGUCGAGGAGCUGUUCGAAGCUGCUGGGCACGCAUGCAUUUUCCUCGCCAAGUACCACCCGGAGCUCAAUGCUAUCGAGCGUUUCUGGGGCUACACCAAGUCUAUCGAGCGCCGUGUCUGCGACUACUCCGUCCUGAGUCUGCUUGCAAGGCUUCCCAUGACGCUGAGCACUGUCUCUUUGUCACUGUGCCGAAAAUGGGCCCGUGUUUCCUGGCUGUACAUAUAUGCCUACAGCCACGGGGCUUGAGGGCAACUUGCAAACCCGAGACCUCAAGAAGUGGACGAACCACCGCUCGCCCACCGACACGGCCGACAACGUGUUGCUGGCUCGUGGCCAAGCAACAACCGCGGAGGAGCGCAAGGCCAAAGAGCAGGCCGCCCUUGCCGCGGCCAAGGAGGCCAGAAAAAAGUCUAACGAGGCUGCCGAUAACAUGUUGAAGCGUUUCGUAGCGGCAAAGCUCGCACCACCUCACUUCACCGGCAGCACCAGCCGGCGCGAUGUUGUAUCUGUGUAACCAUAUAGGUAGAUAGAUAUUCUACCUUACAUUUGCGUCCUGCUCCUUUAUACUUCGACAUAAAAAUUUUUACAUGUGGUCUUAACCGACAUGGUAUAUAGUAUUCUAGAUAGAUAGAAUAUAUAGGACACAACUUAAUGUAGAUAGAAUAUAUAUCUAUCAAGCGAAAAAGGUUGUUCUACUCGGCGCUGCCGAGCUAAGGGUGCAGGGCCCUGCCUGCGGGGCUGUACUCGGGAUAAUACGUGCUGUUUCGGGACAAUACGCGGCGUUUCGGGGGGGUAAUUUCGGGGCAAUUUUCGCCCAAA